CAAAGUCUCCAACGCGAAGCAUGAUAACGCUGAGCUUCAUCGCGAGUACGCAGAAACACCGUGUAAUGCGAUUGCGAGGUCGCUCACUCGCUUUUCCCUCACCCCCCCGCCCCCCAUGAUCGAUCGAACAACGGGGAAUGGCGUGAUCUCUCCUCUCCGCCCACUCUUCUUCUUCUUCGAUCGCGUCGACAAUGGAGACGAUCAAUAGGCUCCAUCGAUCCCUCCUCCGAGGGGACGAAGAGCAAGAUGAGGAGGGUUUCUUAGGCGAAUCCGAGGGCCUGUGCUCGCUUUCUCCGCUUCAGAGGAUAUAUGGGUUUGCGGCGUGUUUGGUUGCUGGAUUGGCUUUUAUGCUCUUGUCACUUAUUGUUUUUGCCAGACCUAUCAAAUUUGCAGUAAUGUUCACCUUUGGGAACAUAAUGGCGGUUGGAAGCACAGCCUUCCUUAUUGGACCAGGACAACAAGCAAGGAUGAUGCUUGACCCGGUUCGUGUUUAUGCUACGGCUAUUUACAUUGGAUGUGUCGUUCUGGCUCUUUUUUGUGCUCUUCUGAUUCAUAACAAACUGCUGACACUGAUUGCAAUUAUUUGUGAGGUUUGUGCUCUUAUUUGGUUUCCAAAAGCAUUACCUUAAUAUCUAGGGGUUGUUGAUUUGGUAUUUCUGGACGUAUAGUUUGAGCUACAUCCCUUUUGCUCGAAGAAUGGUUUCGGACUUGAUGGUAAGGCUUUGUGAUACUGAGCUUUAGGGGGAUGCUGAUACUAUAAUGUUAAUCAAGGCCUCUUCUUGAUGAAACACGCAACUCUAGUGGUUGUUGGUACCGAAAGUAUACAUAUAUCUGUAGUCUGUACCAAUCUUUCCUGUUCUCAUUCUUUUGAUUGAUGAGUUUGUUCAACCUGUUUGCUUUUCCUUUUUUAUUUCCUGCUCUCCUUUUUGGUUU